ACGUCAAUUUCCCCAAUAACAUAACCUAAAAAAUUGUACUCAAACACAAUUAUGCUGUAAUUAAAAAAUAAUAAACCAUGGCAGACCGAUUAACGCAAUUGCAAGACUGUAUUAAUCAACAAGCCGAACAUUUUUGUAACAGCAUUGGAAUACUGCAACAAUACGCUGCACCGAGUAAAUUCCCCGGCUUCGAUCGUAGCGGGUCUCAAACGCCCCAACAACAACAGCCACAAGAAGAUUACGUUCAAUUGUUUACGACGUUAAUCGCGAGGUGCUCAAAAGACAUCGAUACAUUAAUCGAGUCGUUGCCUUCGGAAGAAAGCUCAACCGAGAUGCAAUUACAAAGCUUGAGAAUACUUGAAAAUGAAAAUCAAGAGGCUGCAAGAAAUUUAGAAGAGAUUGUAGCGAAAGGACAAGAUUUACUCGAACAAAUUCAAGCGGCAUUAAGCGAUAUUGCCCAAGCCCAACUUGAAAUGCAACAUUUAACGAAAGGAUUUAAUAAUAAUGAAUAAUUAAAAUUUUUUUAUAAUCAGAAUGAAUCAUUAAAUACCUUUAAAAAUUA